GUUGUUGAAGGUUGCACAGCAUGAUGGUGUCUGGGCGGUGGGCCUCCUGCGUUGGUUGCUUCCAAGCCAAGGCUACCUUGAACCACUGAUUUGCUACGGCUUUCUUUUGCUAAGCGAAAUGUUAUCUUGUCAUUCGACCACGUUAUUCUGCAGAUUCCAUUCGUAUGGUAGGGUGCAGUGCUGUGGAAUGCCUGAGAAGGAAGACAAAGUCGCCAGCCUUGGGUUUAAGAAGCGAUCUGCGGCGUAUGCGCGAGGCAGUCACAACUCAACUUCUUUUACAACACCACGCUUAAGUUUGUUUUCAUUCUGACUGUCAGUCUCUGUGACCUGACGGAGUUUUCGACAUAAUUAGUUUUCAGCAGGCCCAACAAAUCUUCGUUGCAAUCACAUCCGGCGACAAACCUGCGAUGGCUGUGAAUUAUGACUGCCCUCUCACUACACAACGCCGCUCUGAUAUUGGUGGCGCAAAAACCACUUCAGAGACCAGAGAUGCAACUCUUGCACCUAUUGCACAAAACAAAAGACCAAAAAUAUGUUCUGGAUGCCACCAGCCAGGACAGCGCCGCAUCACCAGCUGGGAGAACACAAAUGGCAACGCGGGCCGACCGUACUAUUAUUGCACGCCAUGCGCUAAAUUUAUCACCUUCGAUGACAAGCGAGGUCUUUGUGAUAGUAAUCCUCGAUGCGAUUGUGGUCAGCCUAGUCGGGCUCAGGUCAAUGGCAGAAAUAGGCGUCCUCCGAGAGGUGUACACUAUGUGUGCAAGAACGGCUGCUGCGACUUUUUUGCACGCGCAGAAAAGAAUGGACAGCAGGUAGCUGUCGCAGAGGAUUUCAUAGAUAGGCUGGCGAACUUAUCUAUCAUCUAAAACGAAGGUUGUUGGAAAGGGGAAAGGGGAAAGGAAUUGGAUGUAAUGAGGCUAGGAAUCCAAGGGUCACACCAUCAGGUCAUAUGGGCCAUGAUCGAUGU